GUUACGGUGGCAAAGAAGCUGUCAGAAGCUCUGUAAAUAAAACCACCGAGAGAAAGCAAGAGAGGAAUAAAGAAGCAAGGAGAGGCUAAGAAAGGUCAUCUUUCUUCAUUAAAAACCCAUGAAGGCAUCCAUUAGAAAAGACUGAAUCCGAAAUGGAGCAAAGGAUGUUGAUGCACCAAACAUCAGCUGGGAAGAAGCUACAUCGGAGUUGAAGGGCCAGAUCCAGCUGCCAUGCCAUUCAGGAGAUGGCUGCCCCAGGCGGGGACUGGUUGGAGCAGACUGAAGCAAGCGGAUGCCAGGCAGAAGGUUGGAGGAGGCCUGGUAGCAUCAACAAUACAACUGGAUUUCAUAAAUGGCACAGCAUGCAACUUCAUUGUCAAGCGGAUCUUGCAUGUGGACCGGACUUUAUCCUCCUCAAUGCCACCCCUCAGGAGUUUUGUUUGCCAGCCAGGAGGACACCAGCGGGCACCACCUCAGGCUUCUUCACCCAGAGCGAGCCAAAUAGCACUGAAGAAUGUGGGCACUUCUGAAGCCAUCCAGAAACACCGGAAGAGCCUGGCGGAUUGGUUCCUCCAGCAGCCCAACGAGGAGAGGCAGUUUGGCCCUUCUUUUGCCCUGGACUCCAUCCAUGUAGACCCAGUGAUCCGGGAGAGCUCUCUGGAGGAGAUCCUAAAGCCCUCGCCUGACCUGACCAUCCAAAACCAGCUCCAGGCCUCCUGCAACCAGACAAUUGCCCUCCAGAACCUCUUUGACCUGAAUGCCUGUGGGCAGCAGGUAAAGAAUGUAGUUCUUUAUGGCACGGUGGGCACCGGGAAGAGCACCCUCAUCAAGAAGAUGGUGAUGGACUGGUGCCAUGAGCGUCUGCCACGCUUUGAAUUGCUCAUCCCGUUCUCCUGCGAAGAUCUCUCCCAAAGCAAUACGCCCAUCUCUUUGAGGCGCAUGAUCACCAAGAAGUACCUCCACCUCCGGGAGCUGGUGCCAACCUUGGGCACUACCAACCUCAGGGUGCUCUUUGUUCUCAAUGGCUUGGACCGUCUCAACCUGGACUUCCGCCUGGCUCAUACUGAGCUCUGCUGUGACCCCAACGAACCAAUCCUUCCAUCUGCCAUUGUGGUCAACCUCCUCCGGAAGUACAUGAUGCCAGAGGCGAGCAUCAUCGUCACCACACGACCAUCUGCAGUGCGCCGAAUUCCCAGCAAGUUUGUGGGCCGCUAUGUUGAAGUCUGUGGCUUCUCUGACAUCAACCUCCAGAAACUCUACUUCCAGAUGCGCCUCCGCCAGCCCAGAUGCAUCGGGGUCUCUGGUCCUCCCACGGGCGAGGAGGCGAGCGAGCAAGACAACCUGGUGGAAAUGCUUUCAAGGAACCUGGAGAGGCAUAACCAGAUUGCAGCCGCCUGCUUCUUGCCUUCCUAUUGCUGGUUGGUUUGCACCACCUUGCACUUUCUGUAUUUCACCAAGUCAGUGCCCCCAGCUCAGACACUCACUGGAAUCUAUACCAGCUUCCUGCGGCUCAACUUCAGCGGGGAGGUGCUGGACAGCACGGACCCCUCCAACAUCUCCAUGAUGAAGUAUGUGGCCAAAACAGUGGGGAAGCUGGCCUAUGAUGGAGUGAUGUCCCGGCAGACCUCUUUCUCAGAGAAGGACCUGCGCCGUUGCUUUGAAGUGGAGAUGAAAACAGAGAGCGAACUCAACCUCCUGAACGUCUUCCGUAGUGAUGUCUUCCGUUUCUUCCUGACCCCCUGCGUGCAGUUGGGGAAGGAGCACACCUUUGUCUUCACCAUCCCCGCCAUGCAGGAGUACCUGGCGGCCCUCUAUGUGGUCCUGGGUGAGAAGAAAACUCUGACUCAACGGGUAGGCAAGGAAGUCUCUGAGAUCAUCGGCAAAGUGAGUGAAGACGUAGCUGUGGUCAUCAGUAUCGUCUCCAAGGUUUUGCCUCUGCGGAUCCUGCCACUGCUCUUCAACCUCAUCAAGAUCUUCCCUCGCUACUUCAGCCGCUUCAGCAGCAAGGACCGCGACACCAUCGCCCGCACCAUGGCAGUGGAGAUGUUCAAGGAAGAAGACUACUUUAAUGAUGAUGUGUUGGAUCAGAUCAACUUCAGCAUCCUUGGGGUGGAAGGCCCAAUGCGCCAUCCGGAUGAUGCUUCUGACGAUGAGGUGUUUGAACUUUUCCCCAUCUUCAUGGGUGGAUUGCUCUCACGGCGCAACCGGGCCAUCUUGGACCAGCUGGGUUGCCCCAUCAAGAACCUGGCAGCCUUUGAGAUUGCCAAGGCCAUGAAGAAGACAGUCAUCCGUAACAGCCGCAAAGGCCUGCCACCUUCUGAGCUCAUGGACUAUCUCUUCUUUCUCCACGAGUUCCAGAAUGAGCGCUUCACAGCUGAAGCCAUCCAGUCCUUGAGGACUAUCAAUCUCUCCUCAGUCAAGAUGACCCCUCUGAAAUGCUCUGUCCUGGCCUCUGUGGUGGGCACCACAAACCAUGAGGUGGAGGAGUUGAACCUGGCCUCUUGUCACUUGGAUGUCAACCGGCUGCGGAUUCUCUUUCCAGUCUUGCUACGAUGCAAAAAGCUUCACUUGCAGCAAAACAGCUUGGGACCAGAAGCAUGCAAGGAGAUCAGAGACCUGCUGUUGCAUGAGAAGUGUGUGGUGAACACCUUAAGGUUGGCAGACAACCCUGUGACGGAGCAGGGUGCCCGCUACUUGGCAGAAGGCCUAGCUGGCAACAGCUCUUUGAGCCACCUGUCGCUGCUCCACACUUCCCUGGGGAACCGAGGUGUGGAGAUGAUCACCCAGCACCUGGCACAGAACCAACACCUGCGAGAACUGGAUGUGGCUUACAACUCGGUGACAGACGAGGCUGCGCUGGCCCUGGUGGAGGAAGCCAAGAAGCAUGCCACCCUGGAAAUGGUGCACUUGUACUUCAAUGAGAUCAGCGAAGAAGGGAAGCAAGCCCUACACAAGAUGCGAAAAGACCAGAACGGCAUCCGGGUGCUCAUCUUCCUGACCAUGGGGGCUGACGUGUCAGAUUACUGGGCCAUCAUCCUGAACGUGGUCCAGAAAAACCUGCCCAUCUGGGACCGGGACAGGGUACGGCAGCACCUGGGUCUGUUCCUGGAAGACUUGCAAUGCAGCCGCCGUCAGACUGCCAACCCAUGGAAGAAGGCCAAGUUCAUGCGUGUGGAGAACGAGGUCAAGAGGAUGCUGGGAGACCUAGAGCGGGGGACACUCUAACUUUCUACUCCCUGCUUCCAAAAAUGGUGCUAAUGCCAAUUCUGUUUGGGAGAAGACAGUUGCCACAGGGGUAGGGUUGAGCUACGAGGGGGGGGGGAUAUUACAUAGCUUUAAAACUAGAAUUGGAACAGAUUUUCACACCCAUGGGGUUCAGCAUGGACUUCAUGCCGUGUCUGCCUGCUUCCUAGAGAUGUCUAUGGAAAACAAGAUGCAGGACUAGAGAGGCCUUUGAUCAGAUCCAGUAUGACUCUUCUUAUCUUUCUUAUAGCUUCCUACUACCUUCACUAUGCAGAUGACAGAUAGACAUAUCAGCCAUUCAAAGUCUGGUUAAGGUGUCAGCCCUAUUUACUCUUCUGGGAGCAAAUGGUUGCCUUCGUUACUAUUUUAAAAAGUCUCCAAACUAUGCUGUUCACAUCUGGAGGUUACUAUACUAGCUAGUGGUAUCCAGAUGUGUUGAAAUACAAUGCCCUCCCCUAGGUCCAUUGCACUUAUGGAGGGCUCCAGUUUAGGGAGGUCCAGUUCAAAUAGCAAACGGUUUUAAAGUUGGAAAAGUGUGAUGACGCAGGUGUUGAGCACUCAGUGCUAUACAGAACUGAAUUUCCUGGUGCUACUUGAUCCUAUGGAGAAAAUUGCUUAUUUUAACAAUGUGAGGUGGAUGCAAUUUUACAGUGAGUCUAUUUUGGAAGUAAUGUUUUGUUUGUAUGCACCCCUAGAUAAUGUGGGGCCUUGUGUGAACUAGCUGGGUAGAUCUCUUACACCAGUUCAGUAAAGAGAGGUGUUUUGAUUAAAAAAAAAAUGUAGCCCGGUAGGUAGAUGUAUGUCAUUAUUCUCAGCAUCCCCGUCUACCAUGAAUGUCAGGCGCUGGUUUUAUGUUUGGAGAGAUGCCUGAUUCAAAAACCAUAGCAUUGGUAGCUUUAGGAUGGAAUAGCUGAAAGGCAGAAUAAGAGUUUGUCCUAGCAAAAUUGAAAUGAGAUUGCGGAGACUAUGUUUCCGUAAUGAAUUUUUGCAUCCCUCUCUCCCUUUCCCACCUCCAAGCUGCACUGCUUUCUUUACACUCCCUUGCCCUUGAUUCCAAACAAAAAUACCUCACAGGCUGCACCUUAAUUCUCCAAAAACUGCAAUACCAUUUUCCUCAUUUUUCCUAGAGAGUUGCAACUGUGGCACAAUGGCUCCACUGG